AUGGAGCGUUCAACUAAAAAGCACAAUGCAAUAGCCGAAGAAGUACCCUCUGAUUCUAAUUACAUUCGCAAUGAGAAAAAUAUAAUGGUAGUACCAACUGUCGUAGAUGAUACAGACAAACUUAUACGAUCGAUUACGUGGCUGGAUGCAUUUUGGGUAGCAAGUGGUGUACCUGCUCUUGUUCUUUUUUCUAUUGGUGCUAUCGCUGCAACUGUUGGAAAUCCAUCUUGGUUUGUUUGGACACUCUCGAUCAGUAUUGGUUUUUUGCAAUCAUUUAUCUACGCUGAAAUCGCAGGAUUAUUCCCAAAUAAGUCAGGUGGUGCAUCAGUUUACGGAGCUAUUGGCUGGAUACGUUAUGGUAAGGUUUUGGCGCCCAUUUCUGUCUGGUGCAAUUGGUUUGGUUGGUCACCAGUAUUAACUAUUGGAACUGGAUUAAGUGCUGGAUAUAUUCUCAGUAUGUUUGACUCAAAUGCACUGAUUAAUACAUGGGAAUUAAGAAUAGUUCAUCUAAAUUUCAUUCAAAAAGAUCUGUCAAUAAGGAUCAAUUCAACUUUUAUUAUCGGAGCAAUAUUGAUGCUAGUAGUCUUUGCUAUACAACAUCGAGGCAUUCUCUCGGCUGCUCGCGUUCAAAUGUUGUUUGCUAUCUCGUCACUACUACCCCUAAUCAUCUUAGGUAUAGUACCGCUCUUCCUCGGUAAAGUACAUGCUAAAAAUUUCAUUCCAUUCACACCACUUAUGCGAAAUACCACAAAUAAUAUCACUACUGGAAGUUGGGAUAAAGCAGGCAUAACUUCAUUUGCUGGUGGUAUGUUUAUCGCUGCCUGGUCAGCCUAUGCGUUUGAGACAGCUGUCUGCUACACAAGUGAAUUCAAAAAUCCAGGAUCGGAUACAUUCAAGGCAAUAUUAUCUUCAGGUUUAUUGUGUCUGUUCGUCUUUUCAUUGAUUCCAUUUACAUUUCAAGGAACACUUGGUCUUAAGAGAAUGCUCGAUCCAGGCAUCUAUAAUGGAAUGGGAGUUGCUAAGGCAAUGGCCGAGAUGAUCGGAGGCGGUAAGGUAUUGGUUAAUAUUGUGAUUGUUCUGUUGUUAUUAUCGCUUCUGCUUUCAACGAUGACUGCAAUGGCAGGUUCUUCACGCACACUUUAUCAGGGUUCUAUUGAUGGCUGGCUUCCAAAGUUCUUGUCCCAUGUCAAUCAACAUGGUGCACCUACAGCUGCAAUGUGGACAGAUCUCAUUUUUAAUCUAGCCCUCUUGCUAAUGUCGGACUACGUGUUUGUUCUGGCGGCCUCAAAUAUUGGAUACAUCAUCUUCAUCUUCAUGAAUUUGAAUGCUGUAUGGAUUCAUCGAAUGGACCGUCCACACUGGAAGCGACCAUUUAAGGCACCUAUUUGGUUGACUUUUAUUAGUGUUAUACUUAGUUAUGUUAAUCUUGUAUUUCUUGGCAUGGGAUCAGAUAUAUGGGGAACUGGAGCACUGGUUACAGGUUUAGCGUUUGCUGUCUUCAUCAUUCCAGUAUUUCUAAUUCGUCAUUAUAUUCAAGACAAAGGCUACUUUCCUGUUUCGACAAUGGACAACACCGAUGUUGACGACGAGAAAAGUGUAACGAACCGUGCUGGAAUACUGCCAUAUCUCGCCCUUGUCAUGGGUGUAGUGGUCGUCAUUGUCUCACGCUUGUUUGCAAAAUAUUGA